AUGGCUCUACAGUUUCAGUGUUUUGGUUUCAGGCUGAAACGGUUUCAGUUGGCUGUUUAUUCUCUCCAUGAUGAGCUUGUACGAGCUUUAUUACUUUAUUACCUGGUUAAUAAUGCAGCUCAGCUCUCUGCACCGCAGAACAUCUCCAUUCAAUCUUUCAAUAUGAGGCAUGUGCUGAGGUGGAGCCCCCUACAGGCGACCUGCAGCUCCCUUACCUACUCCGUCAAGUAUCAGGGCGAGUAUGAGAUUCACGUGCUGAACAGCAGCUGGGUCGAUGCCCUCCACUGCCAGGAGAUCGUUCAGACCGAGUGCGACCUGACCCACGACCUGGCGUCGGACUCGGAUUACCACAUCAGUGUACAGGCACGAUGCGGUGAGCGGACGUCGUGGGAACAGCUCCCGAAAACCUUCAACCGCAAAGACACGGUCUUGCUGGCUCCGGAUCUGAGCGUGAAGCUGAAGGAGACGCGCAUCGAGGUGGAAUUCCGAGAGCUCUGCCCAGAUGUCGCCGCAAAGCUCAAAAGGUGGUGGGACGGCGAGGAGAAGAAUGCCACCAGCGAGGAGGUCGCGGUCCCCUCAUACUCUUUCGAGGUGCAGCCGUACGGACGACGGUACUGCCUGAGAGCGGAAGUGACGCUGGAGUCCAUCAACAAGAGCAACAGCACCGAGACGCUUUGUGUCUUCGUCCCAAAACCCGAACCUGUCUGGAUCAAAUAUUUCGCUGUGGGCAUCUGUGUGGUAUUAAUCGCUGUUGCGGCGUUGACUCUGGGCAUUAUGGCGCCACGCUUCACGCCCUAUCUCCAAAAAAUGGUGUGUCAUAAAGAGCCCCUGCCUUCUGCACUGGUACGUAAAUCCUUUAUCCAUUACUUAUUUGCAUACAGGACACAUAUUUCAUAG